AUGUCGAUCAUCGAAGACACCGACCCCGCCAUCUACCUGUUCACUGAGACAAGACGUGGCCCUGCCGUCGGCCCACCAUCCACACCCCCAUUGAGCCACGAGUGGCUUACCAUUCUGGUCGAUGGCGUUGCCGACACACUCGUUCUCAUGCUCCCAUACACUCAAGCUGCGCUGGACUCUGUCGACCCUACACGUGCUGAAGCAUGGCUCUCAAUAGUGGGCGGACCCGAGCUUCGCCGCUGUGGCCUCCGCGACGACCAGAACGGGCUACUUCUCCAGCUGGUUCUCGCGUACUCCGAAUUCGCCAAGAACUCCCCCGCCGUCCAACACGUCGACUUCCACCUCUUCCUCGACACUCUAUUCAUCUUCCUCGAAGACCUUGACCCUCAUGACCAUGCGGACACAGUCCUGUACUCGAUGAGUCUAUUCAUGCUUGAUAUCAUACCUGAGGUCAUAUACCCCGAUCCGUUCCUACUAGCCUACGCAUGCGCAACACUCGCCACCUUGGAAAACACCGACGUCCUCAUGCCCCCGCACCCGGCCACGAUCGCGUCUGCGCCCACGCCCGCAGCUGCGGCCGACCUCACGCCCGUUCUCGCGUCCACGUCUGCAACCACGCCCGCCCUCCCGCCCAUGCCCGCCCUCACACCCACGCCCGCCCUCACGCCCACGCCCGCAGCCGCGGCCGAUCUCACGCCUGUUCUCGCGGGCACGUCUGCAACCACGCCCGCCCUCGCGCCCGCCCUCGCGCCCGCCCUCGCGCCCGCCCUCGCGCCCGCCCUCGCGCCCGCCGCUCUCGUGCCCGCUCUUACACCCGCCCUCGCGCCUACGCCCGUCGCCGUCCCCACGCGCGCGGCCGCCCUCACACGCACGGCCGCCCUCAUGCGCGCGGCCGUGCCUGCCCUUGUGCCCACGCCCACCCUCACGUCCAUGCGGCCCAACAGCGCGCUCGACCUCACGCCCGUCCUCACGUCCGCCCUCACGCCCACGCCCAACAGCGCACCCGACCUCACGCACGCCCUCGCGCCUACGUCCGCAGCCACCCCUGCAGCCACGGCCGUGCCCGCACCCGGCAUCUCGCCGGCGUCUCUCCUCGCACCCAGCUGCACGGUCCGCACGCGUUUCAACGACGCGAUGGAAGCUGCAUAUCGCGCAGGCGAGCCAGUCUCUCCGAUCGCGGUGAUGAGAGAGGUCGAUGUGGGCGAGGAGUCCGACGGGUCCCUGCCGUCACUGCAGACACCAUCGGACUCCGACGACGAGUCUGAUGAUGAUGCUUGGUGA